AGAAAAGUACACAGCAGCACUUUCACUUGCAAAUAUGUACUAAUUGACUGUUAAAAUAAUCAUAGGAAAAGCCAGGAUAUAAAGGCAGUCUGACAAGUGCUGGUUACACAACACCACACUUAAGCUAAGAACCAGAGGAUACUGAAAAUGAGAACAAAUAUCAACAGACAUGUUUUUUCACUACUAUUUCUCUCAGGUAUGUGCAGUCCCUUGCAUGUAUUGAUAUUUAAGUUGCAUUUUCAAAGAUUUCUUGUCUUUUUGCAGCAAAACGUGAGCUUAUACAUCCAUUUGUGGUUUUAUUUGUGGUUUUUGCAAACUACAGGUUUGUUUGGGGUAUCUGCUCUUGUUGCUCGAGACUUCUUCUAUGUUGACAUGGCUAAGACCUGGCUAGAGGCUCAGAGUUACUGUAGAAAAAAACAUACUGACUUGGCUACUGUAGACAACAUGAGUGAGAUGCAGACAUUGAUCAAUCAAGUGGAUCCUUUCUACUUUGGUGAUGUGUGGAUUGGACUGACUAAGGGAGCAGAGACCCGUUGGGGCUGGUCGAUGGGGGACAACACUAUUCAGCAGUACAGUAUGUUGAAGACCAUGUCAAACACAUUAUUUAUAAAUGAAUCUUGUGGGGCGAUUAGUCAAGAUGGAUACUGGUAUUCCCUUAGCUGCUUUUCCCUGCAAGAAUUUAUCUGCUAUGACGAAUACAACAGCAUGAUAUAUUCAAUCUCUGUCAAACUAAUUUGGAGAGAAGCUCAGGCAUACUGCAGAUUGAAGUACACUGACUUGGUGGACAUCCAGAGUGCAGCUGAGCAGCAAAAUGUUCUUAGACUCGUUUUCACAGACUAUGUGUGGAUCGGGCUGUUUAGUGAUUACUGGAAAUGGUCAGAUGGGGCCACUUCCUUUUUCCGAUACUGGGGAACAGGAAAACCACUUAGCCUGUUUAACAUCUCAAAUUGCGUUGUCAUGCAGAUGAAUGAUUAUGGGACGUGGGAUAAUUCACUUUGUGACAGAAGGUUGCCAUUCGUGUGUUAUGAAGGUCAGCUGUGUGUUUUGUUGUUGUUGUUAUUGUUGUUUGUUAAGCUAAAUGUAAAUUUUAUGUGCACUUGGAUAUAAAUACAGCUGAAUAUACAGUAUCUCACAAAAGUGAGUACACCCCUCACAUUUUUGUAAAUAUUUGAUUAUGUCUUUUCAUGUGAGAACACUGAAGAAAUGACACUUUGCUACAGUGUAAAGUA